AUGGAAGGAGAAGAAAUGCAAUUCCAUGCGGCGGACGGAGCCCUGGCCGAGUCUGGAACUAGCAAAUCCAACGAGGCAUCCUUGCAGAAGAAGCACCAAGCGAUGAUCGAUCGACUGUCGAACCGCCAUCAAUCGCGAACCGGAGGCAGCGGCUUCAACUGCACCAGAUCCGCCGAAGAUGAUAACUCCGUCUCCACCGCCGCCUCCUUCGCGACCAAAUUCUCCGAGUCCAAGCGCUCGAUCGAAUCCCUCCUUGCCAACUCCUCCACCGUCGAUCCUUCCGCUCUCAGAUCUCACCUCGACGGGAUCUCCUCUUCCAUCGCCGCGCUAGAGCAACUCGUCGCCGAGAGCUCCUACUCCCUCCCUUCCUACGAGCUCCGAUCCGGCCUCAAAUCGGUCGCGGAACUCAAGCAGGCGGUGGAAACUCAGAGCGCCGAGCUUCUCCCGAAGAAGAAGUUCUCGUUCAGGAACAAGUCGGCCGCCACGGCCACCAAAUUCCCAGCAGCGGUUCAACCGAAAGAUCCCGGACUCCCAAAGCAGCAACCGCCGGUCCUCGUGAUUCGAGAUUCGCCGGGGUUUCGGAACGCCAAGGAGGUAACGUUGACGAAGAAUUUCAGAGGCUUGGGAAUCGGUGAGUUUACUGUUGCCGAUUUGGAUGGUUGUGAAGUGAGAUUGAUUGGCCGCAUCAAUGCACUGUUCUUCAAUAGAUUGAGGAACUGUAGGGUUUACACCGGUCCGGUUAUUGGUUCGGUGUUGAUUGAGCAAGUCGAGAACUGUGUUUUUGUGUUGGCGUCUCAUCAGAUCAGGAUACACGAUGCUAGCGGGUGUGAUUUUUACCUUAGGGUUAGGAGCAGGCCGAUUAUCGAAGAUUGUUCGAGGGUGAGAUUCGCGCCUUACUGUUUGAGUUAUGAAGGGAUUGGGAAGGAGCUGAAGGAAGCAGGGUUGGGAGAUGAGAGUGGGAACUGGGCAAAUGUGGAUGAUUUCAAGUGGCUUAGAGCUGUUCAGUCGCCUAAUUGGUCGGUUCUCGAGGAGAGUCAGAGAAUCAAGUGCUUCGAGAUUAAUGAAUCCACCAUAGAUGGAAAUGAGAAUACCCGAACAGACUGCAAACCCUAA